GUGGCGAGUCGAGAACGGCCGAGCUCCGACGGAACCGGCCGAAGUUUGGUGAGCAAACGACGCGUACAGAAGAACGCGGGGUCUUCUCCGGCUUGGGUUGAAACAGCGUUCGCGUCUACGGGCGCGGCUUUGCGUCUCGAGCUGGCGUUUUACACGGUAAAAUGUCCUCCCUCGAUUAUCUGGACCUGUGUCGGCUGUGUCUCGUGAAGGACCGUGCUUCGGUGCCGAUUUUCGAGGGCGAGGGUGACGAACGGCAGAUUUUUCUCAAGAUCGCCGCCUGUCUACCGGUCAAGGUUGCAAGAGAAGACAAAUUACCUAAGAAAAUAUGCGACGAUUGUGUGUAUAAAGUAGAAUCAUUUUAUCACUUUUGGAAUACUACAGCAAACGCAGAAAAGCGACUGCUACAAUGCCUGGGAGAAGUUGGUGUGGACGGCGGCAAACAGGGUUAUGUUUCCAAUGUAUUCAAUCCGAAUGUGAUGAAACAAGAACAGAGUACAGAGAACAGGUUAGAUGGCAGUGUAAUGCAGCAAGUGGGCGAGCAUCAGAACAAUAUGGGUAUGGGCAUGAUGGACAACAUGGGUCUGGGCAUUCCAAUGAUAAUGUCCAAUACUAAUCAACAACAACAAAUAACCUCAGUUCCUAUGGACACAAGUGGCAGUUCUGUACAAAAUGUUCAAGCAGUGCCUGGUCCAAGUUCACAAACUACGCAUAACCAAAUAUCACAAAAUCAAACCAGCUCGACACAGCAAGAAGACGAGGAAGAGAGUAGUGAGGACGAUGAGAAUUCCGACGACGAGUGCGAUGGGGACGAAGGCCUACCUGUAAAAGAAGAGAGCGAAGAAGAUCCAAACAGUAGAACUAUAGAGCCUACAACCUUUGUAAAUGUAUCCUUGGCGUGUGAUGAAGCUGGCCCUUCAGGAUUGCAACAACAAAAAAUUGCAGAAAUGCCAGAGAUGCCAAUACCACAGCCAGCAGAUGGUGAUCCCAAAACUGGGACGCUAAACGGGGACGGACAUUUUAUAUACGGGAAGGAAUCGAUACCGAUGCAACCGUGGCAAAUCGUCGACGUCGAAGGUUGCCUCUACUAUGCCUUCCUUCCAACGAGUCAGUCCCUGAAGCUCUCAGAGCAGGAAAAGCUCGGGCCAAAGUCAGCAGCAGAGUUACUGAAGCUAGCCAUGGACGACUCCAAAGAACCCUUCAUAAUCCCAGCCGAGGAAGAAGUGUCGCGCGCCACGAGUUAUUUCAACAGAAUAAAGGUGAAAUCCGAAGACGACAACUCAUCCCCGAACGAGGAUCAUCACCACGACGUCUCUUCCUCGAACGAUCAUCAGAACGACGUCUCAUCCUUGACCGAAGACCACCAGAUCGACGCCUCCUCGUUGAACGAAGAUCACCAGAACGACUCAUCGCUGAACGAAGAUCACCAAAACAUCCCUUCGUUGAACGAGGACCACCAGACCGACGACAAAGUCUACGUCUGCGAGGAGUGCAACAUAUGCUUCCCAGUGGCACAAAUGCUGAAGCGUCAUCGGAACGCGGUGCACGAUCAGGCCCAGCGAUACAAGUGCAAGGUAUGCUUCAAGAUCUGUCGCAGCCUGGUCGCCUUCAAGAUGCACGUGGCGCUGGAGCACAAAACCGAGGAGCAGGAGCUGAAAGAUGAGAACAGUCUGACGUACGCGUGCAACUUCUGCAGCUACGAGAGCACCAACAAAUCCACCCUCCACUCGCACAUCAGCAGGAAGCACCCGGUGAAGCACAUAGGCAGGAGGAAGAACAGCUACAGAUACACAGCUGAGCCUGAAGAGUAUUCCUGUGACGUCUGCGAAUUCAAGUGCCAAAACAGGCGCAGGCUGAAGGAGCAUCUCGAAAGGAAGCACGCGUCCGAGUACAAGUACGACUGCGAGUACUGCGGGAAGAAGUUCAAAGUGAAGGGCGAUAUGAGGCUACACGUCAGGUUCAAGCAUAAGGAGGGUCCCAUCGUUUGCGACGUUUGCGGUAAGACCUGCUCCAACAGCAACUCGCUGUACGUUCAUCAGAAGUGGGCGCACUUCAAGCCCAAGUACGAGUGCGAGAUCUGCAAGAGGCGGAUGGUCACGCAGGAGAAUCUCGAUCAGCACAUACUCCUUCAGCACGAAAGGCGCGAGAGCUUCGUAUGCGAGGAGUGCGGUAAAUCGUUCACGGAGAAUCACCGGCUGAAGCAGCACAUGAUGACGCACACCGGGGACAGGCCGUACGAUUGCCACAUCUGCGGCAAAGCGUUCGCGCGUCGCACAGCUUAUAGGCAACACUUGCUCAUCCACACGGGCAAACGUCCGUACAUCUGUGAUAUUUGCGGCAAGACGUUCACGCAGAAGCCUGGACUGAUCUGUCACCGGAAGUCGCAUCCCGGCGUUCCCGAUCCGCGUGGUAUCUUUCUCUACGACAAGGAGUCGGUGGUGAUGAAGAAAUGGCAGAUCCUGGAGUUCGACGGGAAACCGUACUACGCGUUCGUCCCUGAAGGAGACACGCCGUUGCUGGACGAAGAGAUACCGGAGCAGAUCGAGGAGUUGGUGGAGGCGGAAGAGGACAAGCAGAACUUGGUGAAGGUAGAGUGCCUGUACAACGAGGAGGAGCUGCAAUAUCAUUCAUCGGAGGAGAAGCUGUACGAGGACGAGGAGCAUCUGCUGAACGGUAUCGCCGAGCAAAGGGACGAAGAGGACGAAGACGUGAAGCCGAUCAUUCUAAACGGUUCCAUCGAGGGUGAGAACGAUAAGAUCGGUGAUUUGUAUCAGGUCAAGGUUCAGGGUAGCAUGGUGACCAUAGAGAAACUGAUGUCCACCGAGGUGGACGAGAAGAAGGUAGAUUACCAACAGGACACCGAGGAGCAGGACAUCUACACCGAGCAAGAGCAGCUGGAGCAGUUAGAGGAGGUCGAGGACGUCGAGGAAACAGACCAAUUGGACCAAAUAGAACAAGUGGAGUACCUGGAGGAGGAGAUCCUGGAAGCCGCGAACAAUCACGCGACGCCGACGAAGACUCGAAGAAAGAUCUCGAGGAGCACGGGCGGAGCGCUCAAGUGCAAAGUUUGCUCCGAGAUGUUCAGCUCGGCGAUCUCGUUUCGCAAGCACGUGGCCUGGACGCACAAGAAGAAGGUGUGCAUACAGGAGGACGGCGCGUACAUUUGCGCCGUUUGCGACUACAGGACCCUGAAGAAGAGCCUCUUCGCGGCUCACUUGGAGAGGAAGCACGAAACUUGGUCCAGGAAGCGGCCGAACAAUAUGCUGUUCCCCUGCGCGACAUGCGGCUUCGUGUGCAGGUCGAAGCAUUCGUUGCAGUCCCACUUCAUCAGGAAGCACACGGACCGGUACGAGCACCAAUGUAAAUUCUGCUCGAAGAAGUUCAAGGUGAAAGGGGACCUGACGAACCACGUGCGGUUCCAUCACAAAGAGAAGCCGGUGAACUGCGACGUUUGCGGGAAACUCUGCCAGAACAGCGGCUCGCUGUACGUGCACCAGAAGUGGGCGCAUUACAAGCCCAAGUACGAGUGUCACAUAUGCAAACGGCGUAUGGUCACGCAGGAGAAUCUUGAUCAGCACCUGUUGACGCAGCACGAGAAGCGGGAGAAGAUCGUGUGCGCGGAGUGCGGCAAGACGUUCACCAAGAAGGACUCGUUUAAGAGGCACAUGGCGGUGCACACGGGAUGCAAGCCGCAUUCCUGCCUGAUAUGCAACAAGCCUUUCGCGAGGAGGUCCCAGCUGCGUCAGCAUCUGUUGAUCCACACCGGUAAAAGGCCGUUCGUCUGCGACAUAUGCGGGAAAGCCUUCACGCAGAAGCCCGGUCUGAUCUGUCACAGGAAGACGCACCCGGGGCCGCACCCGCCGUUGCCGGUCAUGCCGAUCGCCGAUAUCGUCAAGGAGUUCACCGAAGGAUACGUGCAGGAGAUCAGCGCGCGCGAAAACGAGGAGAGGAUCGAGGAAGAGACGAUCCUGGACCCGCUAAGCGAGGAGUUCAAGACCGACUGCCCGAUCCCCGGCGUGGAAUACGUGGACUGGAUCGACAAAGAGAACUUCGAGGUAGCUUCGUUGGGCCAGGACGCCGGGAACAACGGAGGGAAAAGCGACUCGGAAUUGUGUUACUCGAACAGUCCGAAUCGCCGCGCGAAGAAACGAGUAGCGGCGGCCUGGCUGGAGUGCGACCACUGUCGCCGGAAAUUCUUGAAGAAGAGCAACCUCGCGGAACACCUGAAGAAGCACCGGCACAAGUGCGCGGACUGCCCGAAGACGUUCAGGUUGCGACGCUACUUGGCCGCCCACGUCGAGAAGAUCCACCGCAGGCAGGUGUACGACUGCAGCGUGUGCGAGUACAAGAGCAACAACAAGGGGACCUUGAAGAAUCACUACAUCAGGCUGCACACGAGCAACUACAACUUCGCCUGCGACGUCUGCGGCAAGCAGUUCAAGAUCAAGAAGGCCUUGAACCACCACGUCAAGCAGAACCACAGCGACGCGCCGCCGAUAGUCUGCGACGUAUGCGGCCAUUUCAGCAAAAACCUCCACGCCCUGAAGGCGCACAUGAAGUACAGGCACUACAAGCCGGAGUUCAUCUGUCGGAUCUGCCGGAGGGGCAUGACCACCCAGGAGAAUCUGGAGCAGCAUCUGACUUGGCACGAGACCAGGGAGAAGGUGCUCUGCCCGACCUGCGGCAAGAGGUUUCGAGGCCGCGACCUUGACUCCCACAUGAGGGUGCACACCGGAGUGAAGCCCUUUCCCUGUCCGGUCUGCGGGAAAUCCUUCAGGAGGCAGACCGCUCAGGAGCAGCACGUUUUGAUUCACACUGGAAAGAGACCGUACGUUUGCGACAUUUGCGGGCAGGCUUUCGCGCAGAAGCCGGGGCUGAUUUGUCAUAGAAAGAGACAUCCUGGACCACUGCCGCCUCUGCCUGUCGUGUCCAUUAAGAACAUCGUGACGGAGUUCACUAAGGAAUAUACUAUGAAGAACACGAUGAUCAAGAUCGAUUACCAGGCCGUGAACCCCUUGGCCGACGCGAGGAUCAUGGAGCGCCGUCGCGACGUCAGAACUGAUUCCGACACGGCCAGGCCCAAGAAGAUCAGGCCAAAGACUCCAAAGGCUAAACCUAUGUUCCUGGAGUGCGACCAUUGCGGCAAGCAAUUCGACCGGAAGACGCCGUUGAUACUGCACAUAAAAGAGCACGUGAACCAGUGCAGGUUCUGCGACCAGGGCUUCCAAAAGGCGAAGGACCUGAGGGUGCACGUUCUCGAGCAACACGGGCCGCUGGUCUACCCGUGCCACAUGUGCGAGUUCAAGAGCACGAACAAGUGGAUACUGAAGGACCACAUCAUCCGCAGGCACACCACCAGCUACCCUUACACCUGUACAGUUUGCCAGAAGAAGUUCAAGCUGAAGAACGACCUGAAGCAGCACACCAACCAAAUGCACAGCGACGCGCCGGCAGUGAUAUGCUCGGUUUGCGGUCACUCUUACAAAAGCGUGCCCGCGCUUAGGCGUCACAUGAGGUACAGCCACAACAAACAUCCGUUCGAGUGCAGUAUAUGCAAACGCUGCCUGUCCACUCAAGAGAGUCUGGAGCAGCACCUGUUGUGGCACAAGGAAAGGGAGAGGGUGGUUUGCCCGACUUGCGGGAAGAUACUUAGAGGACGCACCAUCGAGGGACACAUGCGGGUGCACACCGGUCUGAAGCCUUUCGCGUGCCCCAUUUGCGGAAGGUCUUUCACGAGGCAGACCGCCAUGGAGCAGCAUGUUCUCAUUCACACCGGGAAGAGGCCGUACAUCUGCGAUGUUUGCGGACAAGCUUUCGCGCAGAAGCCGGGGCUGAUCUGCCACAGGAAGAGACACCCUGGACCGCUACCACCUUUGCCCGUUGUGUCCGUCAAGAACAUCGUGAUGGAGUUCACCAGGGACUAUAACAUGAAGAACACGAACAUUGAUAUCGAGUAAAUUGUGUGGUGGGAUCGGUAGAUCUGCGAGAGUUCAGGUCGGGAGAAUUUGAUUUUUCGAAAGCUAAAGGGAUUGAAUUGUGAUUAAUAAAGGACAGUUUGUUCUUGAGACGUUCGCCACCAGCGUCACAGAUUCGUGACGGCAGCAGUGUUGUAUUUUAUGUAAAGACGAUUCAAUUAUUUCUAUAAAUAUUGUUAUUUAAAGUUAGCUACGGCAUUAUAUUUGGGAACUCAGUGACUCGUUUCAGUUUCGUUUCUUCAAGGUUUUGUUUAGAUUUGUUGAGUCGAAUAGAAUAUUACAACUGCGAAGGUCGUCGCCGAAAUGAACGCUGGUAGUGAACGUGUUAAUGCAAUUUUUUACUCACGACGUAGUAUUUUUUUUAUUGACUUAGCGAUGUGUUAAUGAGAAUAACUUCGCCUUUUUACUUUAUGAAAAUUUAAUUCUGGUUUUAAUGUGAACGAUUCUUAAUGCUUUCGGAAUUUGUAAUUUUUAUGAAUGGUGCACGUUUUAACGUAAUGGGUCGUUGUGCAGAUCAGGGAACGUACAUUGUAAAAUACUAACCGAGAAAUUCAUUAUUGUAAUUUUGAUACUUCAGUGCAAUUCUUAUUCCCAGUGCGUAGAGAUUAUUAAGUUUAAUUAAUGUCUUCGAAGGUUGUGUAAUUAAUAUGUUAUAUUAAUAGUAUAAAUGUACAUGAAAGAAUUUUACUCUCUUGGAAGACCUAUCAACUUUGGAAAUCGAAGGACAGGGUGCUUGUGGGGAUGAUUUUUUAAACUGUGAAAUCGGUGAAUUUUUGAGUACACGUAUUUAUUCGUCACACAUUGGUAAAUGUAUUUAAAAGAUACUAGCGAAAAAUAUACCUGUUUCCUGAAGUACAAAAGGGAAGAGUACGAGUUUUAGUGAAGUAAUUUACUCCUUAAUUAUUCUUAUCAGAUUCUAUUUUUUAUUGGCACAUGCUAUGCUAUUUAAUUUUGUACUUAGCCUCUCAAAUACGGAAACCUAUAAACAGUAACGCUAAUAAAAAUUUCGCCUGAGAAGUUUAAUACGCACAAUACAUUCUGUCACCUUUAAUCACUACCCCAUUUUUCCUGAUGAUUAUAUAUUUUCAUGCUAUCUUAAAUAUACCACACCUCAAUAUUCCCAAUGUUCCGAUCGCAAU